AUGGGUGAGGCCGAGGCGCCACACGCGCAGGCCGCUGCGGCAGCGUCUGCCUCGCGCGGCGCCUUCGCCACGCGCGGCAGGCCGCCCCGCCGCAGGGGCGGCGGUGGCGAGCGAGGAGGCGGGUGGGGGGAUCGAGCAGCGCGCGAGCGCGGCCCGAGCGGGGCGGAGGCCGAGCAGCCGCAAGGCGACGCCUCCCUCGCAUCUGCCUCGCAGCCCUCCGCGGGCGCGGCUCGAGGAGGUGGAGGGAGGCUUCGAGGGGGGGAGGCGGCCGCGGCGCGCGCGGCGGACGACGACGAGGCGGCGGCAGCGUGUACUACCGCCCGCGCGGCGGAGUGCGCGAGCGACGAGGAAAACUCGUCCGCAGACGAAGGCCAGGGCGCGGCGGCGACCCUCUCGCCGCGGCGCUGGCCUCCCCACUCCCGCGCGAAGGGCGACGCGGCAGCGGCCGCGAUCGACGCGCUCGCGCCUAAGCACGAGUGCAUUCUCUGUUACGAGACGUCGCCAUGCGUGGCGGUGGGGCCCUGUCAGCACAUUUUCUGCUGGCUCUGUGCGCUGCGGCUGCGCCUCUUCCCGCCUUACAAUCCCGUCUGUCCCUUCUGCAAAGUCUCCACGCCGUACCUCCUCCUCCUGUACCUGCCCUCGCUGGUUCCCGCGACCCUGGGGCGCUUCGCGGCGCGGCUCGCGCAGAACAGCUUGCCGGCGGUCCUGGCGCAGAGCUUCCUGUCUCCACCUUUCUUCACGGAGGCCGCGGCGCUCGCCCUCCCGAGUCACCUGCGCGACGCUGGAAGCGCCUUCUGCUUCUCCUCGCCGGCGGUGCGCCGCCUCACCGAGGUGGUGCUUCAGUUCCGCUGCUGGGUGCCCGCCUGCCGCGCUGCUUGGCUGCAGGACUUUGUCUUCUGCGAGGACCAAGACGCGCUCGAGGCCGAGAUGUGCGAGGCGCUCGCCGCGCGACAGAAACUCCCCUCCAAAGACGGCGGCGAGAAGAAGGGCCGCAGGAACAGCGUCUCGGAGCGCGACGCUCGUGGCGGAGUGGGAGCGGGAGGAGGAGGAAGCGGGAAUUCGGCGAGCGCGGGGAGUCGCGGGGGGGCGGCGCCCGAGACGCCGACGUUCGCCUUCCCCGAGCCGACCUACGCACCUGGAGGGGGGGGGCAGACCUCCGCCGGCGCCUUCAGCUCGCUGCAGCAGCUCGGCGUGCACACGCAGAAGUGGCACGGAGGCGACAGCUACUGCAGCGUCUGCGUCGCGGGUCGCCCGCAGCUCCUUCUCCUUGAGCAUUGUCUGUACCCCGCGGACCUCCUCAACGUCCACCUGCAGCAGAACGCGAGCGGCGGGGGAAAAGCCUCGGGGCGCGCGGCCGAGAGCCAGGUGUACGUACACCCGAGGUGCCGCGUGUGCAAGGAGAGGUGCCUGGACGGAGACGCGCUGCUGUUGCACGUGAAAAACAAUCACUUUCACUGCGCGCUGUGCGAGGCCGACGUGGUGAAGGCGAACGCGGAGGCGCAGGAGCGACUUGCGGAUAGACAAGCGGGCGACAGGCGGGGGGGGGGCGGUGCGCGAGGCGAAAACGAGGGCCGGCGAAGGCGCGACGCCGACGGCUCAGGACAAACCGAAAUCGCCGACCUCAUUCCAGUCUUCUCCACGCUGCCGCAGCUGCAGCAGCACUACCGGGAGCUGCACCAUCCGUGCCCGCACACGGAGUCCUGUCCGCUGACUGUUUUCCGCGACGAAACCGAGCUGCUGCUUCACUUGGCUACGCGCCAUGGAACGCCGUCCGCCGUGCUCUCCUCGCGUCUGUAUGGCUCAUCGUCCUCGUCCGCGAGCGCCGCGCGCGCAAGCGCCGGCGAGCCCGCGCCGUCUGGGGGCUCGCAGCGCGUCGCGGUGCCGCUGGCGCUCUGCUUCAACUACCGGACCUACAAGCAGGAGCAGCAGGGGCGGCAGACGCAGGGCGGCGCCGCUGACCGCCGCAGAGGGCGCCAGAACAACGCUGGCGCGACCCGAGGCGCCUCGCCCCUCCGCACCCACACCUCGCCCCGCGACCGCAGCGCCGAGCCCGCCUCCGCCUCCGCUCGGCGCCGGCGCGAGGAGAAAGGGGCAAGAGGCCGCCGGCGCUCCCCAGACGUUGGAAGGGAUGGUGACGAAGAGGGUAAGCGCGUGUUCGAAGAGGACGAACCACGCGAGACAGAAGAGGAAGAAGAAGAGAGAGAUGACGAGGCGUGCGACCGGGGCCGGAGGCCAUUCGCGUCGCCCUCGCCGCCGCCGGGGCUCACGGGCUCUUCGGCGCGGAACGGCGUCCCUUUACUGCCCCCGGGUCUUGCGUCUCCGCAGCAGCUCGCCGCCGAGGCGUCGUCGCCUGCAGACUCCGCGACGUCCGCUUCGGUGCUGUUGGAGUGCCUCUGUUGCGCGCUGUCGCUGCGCCAGAAGGAGGAGCUCGCCGACGACUUGAACACCGCGUACGCGUAUGCGCUCGCGACGUGGAGCGCGGAUGCGCUGCGGUCUGACGAAGAGGCAAAGGGCUACUUGAACCGCGCCUCGCGGUGUAUCGACAGCCUGACGAUUCCCCACCAACAGCAGCAAGUUCGCGACGCCCUGCGGCUGCUGCGCGAGGCGGAGAAGGCGCAUGCCGCGUCGGCGGGCGCCGCGGAGGACGCCGCGCGUCGUCCGCAGGAUCGCACGAGUCUUUUGACCCAGACCGUCGCCGUCUAUGUCGCGAGGCUCGUCGCCGCCCUCUGGGGCUUCCCCUCCUCGGCAGACAGCGCGCGACAGGCGCGCAACGCCGGCGACAGCACGCGAGCGAUCGUACUCCCCACCCUCGUGAGUCAGCAGGCGGCCUCCUCUUCGUCGCUGCGAGGGGCGCGGUCAACGGUUCCGCCUCCACAGUCCUUCGCGGCUCGCCUUCUGCUUCUCCUCGUUCUCGGCGUCGCCGCGCCGUCGUCCGCUGCACACGCGGCGGGGGGCGGGCGCGGAGACCCCGCCGGGUCCGAGCAGCGCCAGCAGAUGCUUCUCGAGGGCCUUAAGGCCGCGCACGACGCCGUCGCCAGCUGCGUCUCCGCGGCCCUGGAGCCCAACGCGCCCCAGGAGACGGCGGGGUCGUGCGCGGACGGCGCCUCGCUGGCGUCUUGGCGCGACCGGGGCGGGGCGAGCGAGAAGGCCCAAGACGCAGCGGACGCCAACGGGCUAUUGGCGCGGAGGCGCGGGAAAGGCGAAGAGGAGGAAGCCCAGAAAGGUCAGGGCUCCACAAAGAAGGAGAACGAGGAGUCGCAGAAGCCGCGUCGGGCCGCGUGUCCGCCGGUGCGGAGCUUCCUGCCUCUCUGGGAGGAAGACCGCGGCGCGAUCGUGUUUGGUCAGGAGAACAACUUCUUGCAGGCGCUCUCAUGGAUCGUUGAGAAGCUGGACGCGCAUCUCGGCGUGGACGCAGACGACGAGGCAGAAGCGAAAGUUGAGCGAGUCUCGCUGGGCGUUCCGCAGCAGCUGCGGAAGGGCGGGAAGCACCUCGGCGCUCGCCUGCCGCAGAACAGACUUAACGCUAGCAGAGGCCCCGCGUGGACGGCCGAGCCGGCUUCGAAGGCCGCGAAGCAAAAGACUAGCGAGAAAGAUAGAAAAACAUGCGAAAUCGCAGAGACCGAAGCCGCUCUCUGCGACGCUGUCGCCCUCCGCUCCCAGCUGGAACUCCAGCAGCUGGCUCUCCUCUCGCGCGACUUGGCGCCCUUCAUUCAGAGCACGAAGCUUCUCGAAGAUAUUCAGGCUCUCGGGCCGACCUACUACCGUCUCCGUGGAAGUUCCGCACGAGAGGGCGCUGUGACGCAGUGGCUGGCCCGGUGCCAGGCGGCGCUCGGGCCUGCGCAGGACGCCGAAAUUCGUACGCUGCUCCUGUAUCUCCGCGCCGCUGCUGCCCAGAGACCUGAACGAGAGCAACUUGACGAGUUUCCGUCGCUUCCGCCCUCCUCCGCUUCUUCGGCAGCAGGUUGCGCAGGCGCGAGGCACUCCGCAGCUCCUGCAGGCCACGGGCCCUCCUCUGGCAAUUGGGUCCGACCUGGCGCGGGAGCGCGGUUCGACGCACGAGGUCGCGCCGCGGACUUCCCCGCUCUGCCGUCGUCGUCCGCGCCGGCUGCAGGCAACGGCGGGCGCGCGAGGAACCUGUGGGGCGAGCCUGACUCGCGCCUCAUCCCGCGCCCUGUCUGUGCAUCCCCUGCGGCAACUCCGCAGGGGCCGAGCUCGAGUUCGGCGCCGCAGAGUGCGGCGAGCUCAGGCUCGCCGUCCUCCGCGGCCGCGUAUCCGCCCCUGCCUUCGCUGCGUAAGCCCGCGAGCGCGCGGGGGGAGUCGGCGCAGAAGGAGACAGGCACGCGACGAGACCGACCAGGCGCGAGUGCGUGGAGCCGGCGCGACGAAGAAGGCCCCGGGCGCGGAGCCCAAGAGGGUGAAGACAGCGACAGGGUUGCGUGCCCCGCCUGCACGUACGCGAACAACGCCAUGCGCGCGUCCUGCCAGCUGUGCGGACAUGCUUUGAGCGGCAAGAAAGGCAGCAAACCGAAGAAAACCCUUCUUCAUUUCGGCUAG